AUCAUCCAUCAUCAUCCAAUAAUGAAAAGUUCUCUCUUUUUUCCCUACUCGUGGUUACUCUGUUCUCUCCCCAGGGGUAAAGAAGAGCUCAAUCCAACCUGGUUUAUCACAAUCUCCGAUAAGGGUUUUGAUAAAGUCUGGAAAUUUUUUGUGGAUCGUAUAGCAAAAGAGUGAGAAUUCAUCAAAUGGGUUCGGUCUCGGGUCAAACCCGAAUUGCAAUGAUGAACCUCUCUGUCUCGUCAGCUGAGAAGAACCCUAAUUUUCGCUCGUCCCUUCUCAAUUCUAAGAAUUCAAUUUCAGAUAGUUAUGGGGUCUCUUCCAAAUGCAGUACAUUCCUCAGGGGUCAAUUCCAAAGAAUACUUUUUUCUUGCGUUCACCACGCUCGACCUUUGAGAAAACGAACAGUGUUUGGUCACGUGAGCUGCGUCAUGCCGUUAACGGAAGAGAAUGUGGAGAGAGUGCUAGACGAAGUAAGGCCUGCACUAAUGGCCGACGGAGGAAACGUGGCGCUGCACGAGAUCGACGGGCUUGUUGUGGUUUUAAAGCUACAAGGAGCUUGUGGCUCGUGUCCUAGCUCAUCAAUGACGUUGAAGAUGGGUAUCGAGAGUCGUCUCCGAGACAAGAUUCCAGAGAUUAUGUCCGUUGAGCAGUUUCUUGAAUCCGAGACAGGAGGGUUAGAGCUGAACGAUGAGAACAUAGAAAAGGUUCUCUCUGAGUUAAGGCCGUACCUAUCCGGUACUGGAGGUGGGGGGCUUGAGUUGGUUGAGAUUGAUGGUUACAUUGUUAAGGUUCGGCUCACUGGACCAGCUGCUGGAGUUAUGACUGUUCGUGUCGCGUUGACUCAAAAACUGAGGGAAACGAUUCCUUCUAUAGGUGCAGUCCAGCUUCUAGAGUGACGUUCACUUUUUUUAUUAUGUAACCUUUUUAUUCAUCUACAAAGCUUAUUUUUGAUUCAAUAUAAUUUUACAGUACUUCCAGAUUUUAGAAUUA